CUGCACUCGUUGACAUUGUAGAUAAACUUUCCAUCAAAACACAGACUCAUUCACAAGGUGUCCUGUGUAUGAUGCAUUGUAAACUCACCGUCAAUUGAAUGAACAAGAUGAACAAACCAUCUGAUAACUGCAUGGCUGUCAGUACAAAAAUAUAACCAAGACUUGCGGUUGAGUUUGAUCAUUUGGUAGAAGAAAAAGCCGUACACACUGCCAUAGCAAUGGCAUUAUUAACCACAAUCGACAAAACGAUUCUACUGGCUGCGAAGCGUGAAAUCAAAUUCUUUGAUUCGAAUGGUACCCAUCUCUCCAAACUGACACUGCCACAGUUCGAUCCGAAAAGUGCAAAACAAACCGAGGAGAAUGACGACGACGAUGAGCAGGCUGAUGGUGUUGUCGCUCCGAGAAAAUCAGAUUCGUCCAAGGAUGGCAGUGUUAUCCAGAACAUUGGCGUGUCUCCGAAUGGACAGCUGCUGGUGAUAACGACCACUGGUGAUAAGCUCGUCUACAUGUACAAAAUUCUGGCGGCAGAUAAACAUGAACUGGUUUCGAAACGUGUACUCGCCAGGAUAUCAAGCUCAAUGGCAUUUUCUAGUGACUCACGCCACGUGUACAUUGCCGACAAGACCGGUGACUGUUAUGAGUUUGACUGUGAAAACCUCGAAGCGACGGGGAAAUGGAUUUUGGGACAUUUGAGCAUGCUUUUGGAUGUAGUGGUUACACAUGAUAAUCGAUUCGUCGUCACAUGCGAUCGGGACGAAAAAAUUCGAGUGACCAACUAUCCCGGAACGCAUCUGAUUGAAACGUAUUGCUUGGGCCACACCGAAUACGUGUCUGCCAUUUCAUUCCUUCCAACCGAUCCGAACCAAAGUCUGGUGUCCAUUUCGGGUGAUAAAAUGCUGAAGAUCUGGAAGUACCUUCAGGGUGUCGAAGUGUUUGAACAUGAAUUACCGGCGGCUGGUUUGAAAAUGAUUCUACGCAAAAUCGACGAACAGACUAGCCACGCAGCGGUGACACUAUUCGAGGGACCCAACUUAAUCAUCUACGAAAUUGUGCAGCAGACGAAUGGUCAGGAAUACAUUGUCAAAUUGUUGAGCGAACACAGUUUCAAGGAGUGCAAGGAGAUAUCGUCGAUAGUGUACGACGUCGAUGGUAACAUUUUACUGGCAGCAGUGAGUCCGGAAAAUUCGGUUGCUUUGCAUCGGCUUACGUACACCGACAAGUAUGCUGAAGAUGAUUCAAGUGAGCUGAAUGAAAAUCUCGGUGACACUGUGCUGGACUUGCAACACAAUUUCGAGAACAUUUCCAUGCUGUUCAAAAAACGCUACGACAACAUCAAGGACUAUCAUGAGAGGAAAAAACGUCGCAUCGAAGAUCAGAUCCGGAACAGCAGAUAACACAACAAGCAAUUCGGAAAUUCACAAAAAAAUUUAUUUUCUUAUCAAAAAAACACUUGGGCGACUGAAUUAAACGCAGAUGGGAAAUAAUA